AUAACAAUUUGCACAUUACCCGCUUAAUUAACUGAAUAAUGAUGUCAAUCAAACAAGAAAAAGUUAAAAAUGAAGACAUCAAACCAGAUCUUACUAAAAUUAAAAUUGAACCCGAAGAAAGAAAAGAUCCAACAUCUUACUUACCAGAAGAACCCAUGGUCUAUCAAUUGAAAAAGAAAAAGAAAAAAAAGAAACAUAGACAAGAGGAUCCUUUCAAAGACAUAGAGGAUAAAAAACCAGUUGAGGUGAUAAAGGAUUAUGAAGUUGAGGUGGAGUCUGUACCAAGUUUGGAUCCCGAGAUCAGUAUUAAAGUUGAGAAUAUUGAAGUUGAAUUGGAUUUUCAUGAUUUUGCGGAAAAUGGCGGACUAAUGGUCGAAGGACCUCAAAGCGAAGACAGUCAGGAGCCGGAAAUAAAAAUCGAACAACAGACCCACGAAGCGGUUAUUCUUACGUUCGAAAGCAUUAUGAACGAAAAGAUAGACAAGACUGUUUUAGGUUACAGCCAAGAAACAGGCAUAGAAGCCGCACCUAAUUAUGUCUGCAAAAUAUGCCAUUUAAUAUUCCAGUCUCAGAAAACUUUACGUAUGCACCAAAAAAGAAAGCAUAAAGUCUACAGAAAGUCAUUUAAACACAUAUGCGAUUACUGUGGAAUGUCGUAUGAGAUGAAGAACAGUUUAGCGGCUCAUAUUAAAAGAAAACAUGGACCUAAUUCCUCUCCUGAUGACAGAGAGGAAAGGACAUGUGAGAUCUGUGCAUUAGUGUUCAAAGGAAUGACAAGAUUAAGAAUGCAUAUGAGAAGAAAACAUAAUCUCUUUGAAGACUCUUUUCGAUAUGAGUGUGAAGAUUGCGGACUGACAUAUGAUAAGUAUAGGAGCUUAGUUGUUCAUAGACAAAGAAAGCAUACAAACGUUACUAAACCGGAACCAACUCAAUGGUUCAAUUGUCCAUUUUGUCCUAAAAUCUUUACUAAACGAGAAACUUACGCGAGACAUGUACAAAGAAAGCAUAGAAUCAACGAAGAUGGUGCAGAGAAUGAUAAUAUAUCCCAAGAGUUUCUAGAAAGCUGUGUUAAUAAAGACACUGGGGAGAUAUCUUGUAACGAAUGUCCACUAGUAUUCUCCUCUUUAAAUUUCCUAAAACUGCAUAUGAGACGAAAACACAACGCGUUAAAAGAAGACUUUAGAUUGAAAUGUAUGAUUUGUAAUUUAUCAUAUGAUAAGAUUGAGAGUCUUAAACGGCAUGUGAGAAGAAAACACGACAGUGGCGCCCAUUGUGAAGUGUGCAACAAACAGUUUGAUACUAGAGAACAGUAUUUAAACCAUUCCCAUGUAAAAGUGAUAAAAGAAUGUCCAAUAUGUGGUUUAAUAUUUUCUUCUCAAGGCGGUUUGGGAAAGCAUUUACGGUGUACACACAAUAUUGACACACCAAAGACUGUGUUCUGUAAUGUUUGUAAUGAAGGUUUCCAUGAUAAGAGACAGUUGAAACCGCAUUUAUUAAAAGUGCAUUUAAAUGUGUCGUACACUUGUAGGUUUUGUAUGAAAGUGUUCAAAGCUAAAGAGAGUUACAGACGUCACAUUUUGUUUAAACAUCCAGCGCCAAAUCGUGAUAAUAAUGAGCAACAGAAGUGUGAGCAAUGUGCUGAGACUUUUACAGACGAAUUUGAACUCAGUCGUCAUGUACACACGGUCCAUUCUAAGAAGUUAGAAUCUGAGAAUCCUUUAGUUGAAAUCAAGAAAGAAGAAGAUAUAAAAGAGCUGUUUCAAUGCACAAAGUGCCCAGAAAACUAUCCAACUUGGGAUCAGCUUAGGUUACAUUAUGAGCAAAACCAUCAGUUAGUUCAAGAUACCCAAUGUCAAAUAUGCGGCCAAAUCCUCCCUACGAUCGAACUAGCCAAACAUAUAAAGCAGCUUCAUACAGAAGACACUGUCAUGGAGUGUAAAUACUGCGAAUUUAAAACCACCAUCAAAGCAAGUAUGACGCAACAUAUGCUGAGACACAAAAAUGCUACUACCAUCCAUUGUGAAUACCCUGGUUGUAGAUUCAAAUCAUUUUAUGAGGAUGCAAUGGUUAAACAUAAGAAAAAACAUGUUGAUCAAGGCGUGAAACUACAAUGUAGUAGAUGUCCUUUUCAAACUAUGAAUAAGUACAUUUUAAGGUAUCAUGAAGAAGCUCAUGUAACUGGCAAGAAAAGAUACACUUGUGACCAGUGUGACUAUGCUACUAUACUACCUGCUAAUUUGGUGCAACAUAAGUAUAAGCAUUCAACAGAAAAAAGGUUCAAAUGCGAUUACUGCCCGUUCGCUACUAAAUAUAAUACUUCGUUACGUUUUCAUGUUAAGAAAAAGCACUGUGAUCUCCCGUCUUUUGGAUUCAUCCAUUAAUUACGUCACAUGAAUUUCUAGGUUUUUUGACCCCUCCACCCCCCCUUGUCACACUUGGUCACAUUUGGCAAACCCCUCCCCCGCUGGUGUGACGUCACAUUUUUCAACGAAAUCGGCAAGUCGAAUUAAGUAUAAUGGGGGUUGUUUAUUGCGUCAACACAUAUAAGUACAAAAAACAACAAAAAAUAAAAAAACUUAAAACUAAUUAUUACUAAUUAUAAUUAAAUAUAAUAAGACAAGCUAAAACUAAAACAAUACAAAUUUAAAACUAAAUAUAAAAAAUCUCCCUUAAGUCCCCCGCUUCCGGGAAACCCCAAAAUGCUGGCGGCAUUCCCCCUCUGAAUCGCCAGGCCCAGCCUCUGCGCAAAGAAGGAGCUCGCCCUAUGGUCGCCUGAGACGCCUACUAGUCGAACCGACACCUCUUUAACAAACCUCUUUAAUUAAGUAUUAUUAUUUUUGACAAAAGCAAUAUUAGUAAUUUUAUAACCCAAAACUGAUAAGGAAAGUAAAUUAAACGUAUAAAAACCAUUAUCGUUCAAAAAACUUGUUAUUUAAUUGUACAGUGACGUCACUAAGUUUGUGACUUCCCCCUCCCCCUUGUCACAUUUUCUUGACCCCCCUAAACGUGUGGUGUAAUUAAUGGAUGACCCCUUUGUUUGAAUUAUAUUGUUAAGUUAUUAAAAUAUUUGGUGUUA